UCGGGCGGCGAUGGAGUGAAGGCCCGGGCCUUCCCCUCGGACGGGAGACAUGGCCAACAACAGCCCCGCGCUCAUCACGGGAAACAACUCGCAGCCGCAGCAACACCAACAGCAACACCACCAACAACAGCACCACCAACAACAACACCAGUGCGUCGGCGGGGCCGCGACGAAGCCGGCCGCCUCAGGCAAGCAGGGCAACGUGCUGCCGUUGUGGGGCAACGAGAAGACCAUGAACCUCAACCCCAUGAUCCUCACCAACAUCCUCUCCUCGCCCUACUUUAAGGUGCAGCUCUAUGAGCUGAAGACCUAUCACGAGGUGGUCGACGAGAUCUACUUCAAGGUCACACACGUCGAGCCAUGGGAAAAAGGAAGCAGAAAAACAGCCGGCCAGACAGGGAUGUGCGGAGGGGUGAGAGGUGUUGGAACUGGUGGAAUUGUUUCUACAGCUUUUUGCCUGCUGUACAAGCUAUUUACCUUGAAACUUACUCGCAAACAAGUGAUGGGUCUCAUAACGCACACUGACUCUCCAUAUAUUAGGGCCCUUGGAUUUAUGUAUAUAAGGUACACACAACCCCCUACAGAUCUAUGGGACUGGUUUGAAUCCUUCCUUGAUGACGAAGAGCUCCCAGUACCCCCCAAAGUAUGUUUCACUGAUUUGGAUGUGAAGGCCGGUGGAGGCUGUGUUAUGACCAUUGGAGAGAUGCUUCGUUCUUUUCUUACCAAGCUAGAAUGGUUUUCUACUUUAUUUCCAAGAAUUCCCGUCCCGGUGCAGAAAAAUAUUGAUCAGCAGAUUAAAACGAGGCCUAGAAAAAUCAAGAAGGAGGGGAAGGAAGGUGUCGAGGAAACAGAAAGACACGUCGAGCGUAGACGUUCAAGGUCUCCAAGGAGAUCAUUGAGUCCGAGAAGAUCCCCUAGAAGAUCAAGAAGUAGGAGCCAUCAUCGGGAAAGCCAUGGAUCUUCCAGCUUUGACAGGGAAUUAGAGAGGGAGAAAGAACGGCAGAGAUUAGAACGUGAAGCUAAAGAAAGGGAGAAAGAAAGGCGAAGAUCCAGAAGUCUUGAUCGGGGGUUAGAGCGCAGACGAAGCCGGAGCAGGGAAAGGCAUAGAAGUCGCAGUCGCAGUCGUGAUAGAAAGGAGAGGAGAGACAGGGAUCGAGAAAGAGAGAAGGAAAAUGAACGGGGCAGGAGAAGAGAGCGGGACUAUGAUAAGGAAAGGGGUAAUGACCGGGAAAAGGAUAGAGAAAGGUCAAGGGAUCGGUCAAAAGACAGGAGAAGUAAGAGUGAAAUUGAGGAGAAGAAGCAUAAGGAUGAGAAAGAUGAAAAGAAGCACAGAGAUGAUAAGAAGGAUACCAAGAGAGAGAGAAGACACAGUAGAAGUAGAAGCCGAGAGAGAAAACAUAGAAGUAGAAGCCGGAGUAGAAAUACGGGGAAGCGCAGUAGAAGCAGAAGCAAAGAGAAGUCAAGUAAACAUAGGAAUGAGAGUAAAGAGAAAUCAAAUAAACGAAGUAGGAGCGGCAGCCGAGGAAGAGCCGGCAGUGUGGAAAAAUCCAGAAAACGGGAACAUAGCCCCAUCAAGGAAAAGCCCCGAAAGCGUAGCAGAAGCAAGGACCGUGCCCACAAAAGAGAUCACAGCGAUAGCAAGGACCAGUUAGAUAAACAUGAUCGUCGAAGGAGCCAAAGUACUGAACGUGAGAGCCAAGAAAAGCAACAUAAAAACAAAGAUGAGACUGAGUGAUUUCUUUUGGUGGGGGGGGGCGGGGUAAAAGUGGAUCACAUUGAAUCCUAUAAAUGUUUGAUUAAAUCCUGCUUACUUUUUUUUCCUUAAAGUUGAGAUUGUGCAGUAGUUACACACUCUUCGACCUCCCUAUAGGCUGCAAAUUUUCAUUUUCUAUAUUUGUGUAGGGAAGUGCCUUUGUAAUCCCAUUUAUUGCGUUGAAGGUUUCCACCCGUUUUAGUUCAGACACAAUGCGAAGAUUGUUCUUGCAUUUUUAUUGUUCAAUUGUUUCUGAAAUGUACAGCCUGUACAUAUGUCCUGAAAAUGUUUUAAUUCCUUUGGCAUGGUUGCCAUGUUGGUUAAAUUUGUAUAAGGCAAUAAACUGCCACUAAUUCUACUCUUGUUUGGUAGACGUGGGAUUAUGGUUUCUGUACUGAAGUUAGCAUGGCCAUGCUUUGCAUAUUGAAUGCCGAAGACUUUGAGAAUGGGUCUUGAAUGCGUAUAACAGAAGUAUUUAUGUGCAUACAAUGUACAUGAAGGCUGCAAUUCUAGGGAAAACUUUCAUGUCUAUUGUAUCUGUAUCUUAGAAGGCUCUUAAUGUAUCACACCCUUAGAUGCUCCGCAAAAAAGUUAUCAUAGAAUGAAUUUCAAGGAGUUAGCCCAUUUCCGAUGCAGUGGUACAAAAUGCAGGCUGCAAUUUGUUUAGUUGUCCUUUUAGAAAUCUACCUCAAAGGGACACUUAGCCUGAAAUUUAUGCACACGUAAUUUUUUUUUUUUUUUAGAAGUUCGGAAAAUCCAUAUAAUCAUUUAUUUUCCCUUUGCCCAUUCUUGGCCCCUUUUUUUAAAUAAAAAAAAAUGAGAGAAAAACCAAUACCAGCAGCCUCGCAUUCACGUAGCAUCCCUACACUGACUUGUGGAAGAUUGGGUGACGAGAGAUGAUUUGGUAAAGAAAUAGAUUAGUCUCAAGCUUCCAAAGCGUUUUUAUAAAUGGAAAGUAUUUAAAUUAUGAAGCACCUCGAGAGUGUCCUUUUUUAAAUUCAUAACAUGUUUUUUAUCAAUAGUGAAGAUCGCUGUUUGAGUUGAGAAACUUCAUCUAGAGAAGUAAUUGUAAAACUGAGUAAUGCAAUCAUGCAUUAUUAUGGAAGAAUUACCAGUCAGUAGGCUGUUUUAAUGAUUUAUGUAUUGAACGAGGAGAACCAUCAUGAGUCUGGAAUAAACACUGGAUUGAAUCCUUUA